UGGACAACUCCAGCUGCUCUCGAAUUCCUUUUUCACCCCGCCUCUUUUAUAUGAUUGACGUUCAAAUUGGUUGGAGUGAAUGGAGUGCAGCCCGAACAGCAACCAAUUGAAACAGGAAUUGGACUGUCUCUUCGUUGCUAGUAGAAACAACAGGAGGAGCUCCAAAGCCUGUUUACAGAAGAGAGGGAUCUCCAGGUUUGCUCUGUUGGGACGGGAGAAAAUGGAUAGCGAAAAGUACUUGCCGGAGCUUAUGGCAGAAAAGGACUCUCUCGACCCCUCUUUCCAACACUCUUUACGGCUACUGGAUCAAGAAAUUGAGAACAUUCAGAAAGAUGAAGGCAAAGAAGACGAGAAGUUCAUUGACGUUGUCAUCAACAAGAACAUGAAACUGGGGCAGAAAGUAUUAAUACCAGUCAAACAGUUUCCUAAAUUUAACUUUGUUGGAAAACUCCUUGGUCCACGUGGAAACUCUUUAAAGAGGCUACAGGAAGACACCCUCACAAAGAUGUCAAUUCUUGGGAAAGGUUCCAUGAGAGACAAAGAUAAGGAGGAGGAACUACGGAAGAGUGGAGAGUCCAAAUACCAGCAUCUGAAUGAGGACCUGCACGUUCUCAUCGAAGUGUUCGCCCCACCGGCUGAGGCGUAUGCGAGAAUGGGUCACGCACUUGAGGAAAUCAAAAAGUUCCUCAUCCCUGAUUACAACGAUGAGAUCAGACAGGCGCAGCUGCAGGAACUGACAUAUCUGAAUGGGGGCUCGGAGGAGGCCAAGGUGCCAGUGGUGAGGGGGAAGCCGGCAGUGCGAGGAAGAGGAACGCCCACUCCCGGGCCGCCUAGGAGUCGGGGAGGAGUGCCCCCUCCGCAGGCAGUGGUUCCGCGGGGUGCUGCCCCCAGGGGAGCCCCGCAGAGUCGAGUUCCCGCCUCCAGGGGGAGAGGCGUGCCAGCACAGAGGGCCCGUGGGGCGCCCCCCUCGACUGGAUAUCGUCCUCCGCCACCCAUAGUGCAGGACACAUACGGAGAAUACGAAUACGAUGAUGGCUAUGGGACAGCUUACGAUGACCAAGGAUACAACUCGUACGACACCAGCUACAGUAAUCAAGGACAAAACUCAAGUGAUUAUUAUGAAUAUGGACAUGACAUAAGCGAGGAUUCGUAUGAUUCAUACGCAGGCCAAGAAGAGUGGACUAACAAGCGUCACAAAGCACCACCAGCAAGAACGACAAAGGGAGUGUACAGGGAACAGCCAUACUCCAGAUACUGAACUAUUUAUACAAAAUGUUCUAUGUUGUUCCAAGUAAUGGAUUUUCUAUGGACAAUCCCUCUGUUUUAGUUACAAAAAGCCAAGUGGAAGCAAAAAGAUGAACUGGACAAAGACCUUGAUGUGGUUGUAGUGUUGAUUUAAGCAUAGUGGUGCAAACCAUGGAAGAUUCCAAUAACAUGUAAUGACACCAUCUACAGGAGAACCAAAAGUCUGUAAACUAGGUAAUCUAUCUUUUCCUCAUGACUUAGUAUUCAAAACCACUGAGCCAGACAUUUUUUACUGGAGGCUUUUAUUUCUUUAAAAUGUUCAUUAUUUAGUUUUACAUUUAAAAUUCUUUUGAUGGGUAGAGGGCUUGGGUAACGUACAGUAGAGACUAUUUCUGAAGGGUGGUUGGUAACUGUGUCCCUUGUAAAUCUACCUUGACAAAACAAAGAAAGAAAAUCAUGAUGCAGAUAGUUUUAUCCUCCCUUUUUUGUAACUAAAGAUUCUUUAGCAUUAAAGGGCUUAUAGAAGCAUGUUGUGUAAACAUUGAAAACAGUUUUACUUUGCCAUAGUUUGAGCUUGCUUUGAUAUACCCGAUCCCAUGUUUAAUCACUAUGUCCAUUUCAUUAAGUAAUCUGUGGCUCUAAAUGCAUUGAGAAGAUUGCUGAAAGUGGUGGUUGUUUUAUGCUCAACUCCUUUAAUUUUAGUCAUAGGUCAAGGUUGCCAUUGCAUCAUCUGAAAUCAUUAUAUCUGGUAACUUGGCAUUUAGCACAUUUCUGUGCUUCACCAUUUCUAGGAAAAUGGAAGAAAACAGUAAGAAAAUAAUUCAUAUCUGAUGAUAGAAGUAGUAUGUAUUGUUAAUAUUCAAAUCAUAAGCUUAUGUAAGCCCUUUAAUAUUUUCCUCUUGGGUGAUGCUAAAUAAACUUUUUGAAAGGAAUCAAUGUGUUUGAGAUAAUUGUAUACCAUAAUUGUAUGUUGUGGAUAUUUAAACUUGUGAUAAUCUAAACUAACAAACAAAAAGUACCAAUAAAGUUAGGAUUGUUAAA